AAUGAUUGACCAAUAGCCUGCAAAGCUUGACAAAAAGAGAAUCUCCUUUAUGAACUUUAUUUCUUGCCCUUUUCUUUUGUUUUGUGGCUUCGAUAGCAACGAUUCUCUUCUCCUUACAUAGAAACCGCCUAUCAAUUCUUGUUAUCUUCUUCAUUUCUCCCACACUUGUUCUUUUUUUCUUGCUUCACAAAAAUGGAAGAUCAAGAAAACACAUCCUAUGUCCUGCCGGCCCAUUCUGCUCAGUAUUAUAGCUCAAGAAUUAUGUCAUCAGAAAUUGUUGAAAUCGGAGAAGAUAGCAGGAAUGGUAUCGGUAAUAGCAGAGACGGUACCGGUGUUAUCGAUGUUUAUGUUGCUGUCGAUAAAGACGAUCUGCAUGUCCUAAAAUGGGCUCUUGAUCAUUCUGUUUCUCCUGGGACUAGAGUUUUUCUUGUUCAUGUUUUUCCUCCGAUAACUUAUAUUCCUACACCAGUUGGAAGACUAUCAAGGAGCCAAUUAAGUGAAGAUCAAGUGAGAUUUUAUAUUAAUGAAGAGCAUAAUAGAAGAAGGAAUUUAUUGCAGAAAUACAUUCGACUCUGCAAUGAUGCCAAUGUCACAGUGGACACGAUGCUUCUUGAAAGCAAUGAGACAGCCAAAGCCAUUCUUGAUCUUAUUCCUGUUCUCAACAUUACCAAUCUUGUUAUGGGAACUACGCGGCUGCCCCGCUCCAGAUUGCUGAGGAAAAAAAUUGCAAAAGCGGAAUUUGUGAAGAAGAAUGCUCCGGAGUAUUGCGAGGUUACUGUUGUUCAUGAUGGCAAGAAGAUUCCAGAGGUUCAUCAGGCGACAAAGAUGGUGCACACUUCUCUGUCAUCCACUACUCAUACACAAGAUUUUUCUCGCAACUCUGAUAAAAAGUUUUACAAUUGUGUAUGCUUUUCAGUUUGUAGGCGUGAGGUCAAGGAUUCGUAAGCGAAACAGGGUAUAAGAACUUUGCAAUUGGCAAUGGACAGACAGACCAUCACACAACUCAAAAGUUUUGGGUGUUCAAAGAGAAAAAUAUUUAUCCAGUUACUAACAAUGUUCAUAUUUUUUUUUUGUCAUUUUAGCUCUUUGGAAGUGUAGGAUUAAUAGUGUAUUUUUGUAUUUGUAUAGAAGAGAAGAGAAUUUAAUUACACAAAAAUGGGGGAGAAGUUGUGGAAUAGAAGUCAUGUUUCUCAA